GGCGGCGGCGGCAGCGGGCGCAGCACCCCGAGCCCCCGGCGCGGCCUGUCCGCGCUGAGGAAGAGCUUCAGCUUCCGCCUGCGCCGCGGCCAGGAGAUCCGGCGCGCAGAGUCGGGGCUCCUGCCCCGGGCGCGCACCCGCAGCGACGGCGACGCCAGCUCCCUGGGCGCCUUCCCUAGCCGCCGCGACCUGCUGCUGGGUGCCGAGGCCCCGCGCGCUGCGCCCGAGCCCGGCCGACCCCGCACCGCCGCCGGCCUCUGGAGACUGCUCACCAGCCGCUUCCGCCGGAGGGAGCCCGCGCCCGCGGAGCCGCUGUGGAGCCGCCGGGCGGCCGCGGCCCCCGGGCUCCUGGGCGCGCAGAGCGACUCCUUUGUGAACAGCCAGGAGUGGACCCUGAGCCGCUCGGUUCCGGAGCUUAAAGUGGGCAUUGUGGGGAACCUGUCUAGCGGGAAGUCGGCCCUGGUGCACCGCUAUCUGACAGGGACCUAUGUCCAGGAGGAGUCCCCUGAAGGGGGUCGGUUUAAGAAGGAGAUUGUGGUGGAUGGCCAAAGUUACCUGCUUCUGAUCCGAGAUGAAGGAGGCCCCCCCGAGCUCCAGUUUGCUGCCUGGGUGGACGCGGUGGUGUUCGUGUUCAGCCUGGAGGAUGAAAUCAGUUUCCAGACGGUGUACAACUACUUUCUGCGGCUCUGCAGCUUCCGUAAUGCCAGCGAGGUGCCCAUGGUGUUGGUGGGCACACAGGAUGCCAUCAGUGCCGCAAACCCACGGGUCAUCGACGACAGCAGGGCCCGCAAGCUCUCCACAGACUUGAAGCGCUGCACCUAUUAUGAGACGUGCGCGACCUACGGGCUCAACGUGGAGCGCGUCUUCCAGGACGUGGCCCAGAAGGUAGUGGCCUUGCGGAAGAAGCAGCAGCUGGCCAUCGGGCCCUGCAAGUCACUGCCCAACUCCCCCAGCCACUCGGCAGUGUCCGCCGCCUCCAUCCCGGCCGUGCACAUCAACCAGGCCACGAAUGGCGGCAGCAGCGCCUUCAGCGACUACUCCUCCUCAGUCCCCUCCACCCCCAGCGUCAGCCAGCGGGAGCUGCGCAUCGAGACUGUGGCGGCCUCCUCCACCCCCACACCUGUCCGCAAGCAGUCCAAGCGGCGCUCCAACAUCUUCACGGUAUGUGCCCUGUGCGCCGCCCUCGCGCCGGCCCGGCUGCCGGCACUGGCGAGGCAGGGCCCAGCCCCCAGCCGGGGGGGUGGGGCGGGCAAGAGCCACAGACACUGGGCCACGGGCAGCCCGAGGCAGGAAGAUGCCAUCUACACAGACACACACCGCUUCUCAUGUGAGACACAGUGCCCGCCCACACUCUCACCCUCCAGCUGGGACGUGGCUGGGCCCUUCUGGGAGUCUCGGGUCAGACGCAGGUGGCAGAGCCAUGCCUGCUCCGUGGCCGGUGUCCUUGUGACCCACCCCCUGGAUGUGGCCAUCGAUGUCCCCAGUCUCCCCCAUGACCUCAU